UUCCAGUAUCAACACACACAUCAAAGCCUGCCUUCGUCGAAGUCUUUAAGCACAUAGCCCCUUUGACUAGAGUGGAGUGGAAACAAUCUAAGGGGGCGAAAACUAGGGCAAGCGAGAUGAUCAUUCCAGUACGUUGCUUCACUUGCGGGAAGGUCAUUGGAAACAAAUGGGACACUUAUCUUGAUCUUCUUCAAGCUGAUUACACUGAAGGAGAUGCUCUUGAUGCACUGGGGUUGGUUCGUUAUUGUUGUAGACGAAUGCUUAUGACUCAUGUUGACCUCAUCGAGAAGCUUUUGAACUACAACACUCUGGAGAAAUCGGAGGGCACCUAAGGAGGACUAUGGAGUUGCAAGAAAUAAUUUUGUUAGUGUGAAAGCAUGGUUUUUGUGUUGUUUGUUCAGUUUUUAAUGAAUUACAUUUCAUGGAAUUCAUGUUUGGAAUAGAAUGAAGCAACAAAUAUUUGGGAAGACAAAAAGGGCAUCUGCUUUUAACUUGUCUGUUCAUAGUUCCUGUUUUUGUUUAUGAAUUGUUUGUUUGUGUAUGAAAUCUAUCAACUUGAUCUAA